AAUUGAGCCGCACACGUGUUACUAAAAUACCUCUAAUGGUAGGCAUUAAACAACUCUCUUAGCUACUAGCCAAACCUAACUAUACUAGUAUAUAACAUAUCUUUCGUUCUCUCCAUCUCUCAAUCUCUUCCAUCAUUUUAAGUCUAGCUAGUUCAAGAAAUUUGAGAUCUGUUUUAUUUUUCAAAACUUGUGAGUACUAUUAAUUAAUUAAAGCGAUGUUUAGAGCAAUGAGUACACGAAGGGACUAUAGAGGAUAUGAAGAAUUGAUUAAAGAGGAGGCACCUUCUGCUCCAUUGAUAAUAUUGGAGCCAAAGUUGAGUAAAAGCAGAACCGUUCCCCCUGCUGCUAACUUCUUUAGCUCUUCGUCCAGGAAGGUGACGUCUGAGGAAAAUUUCCAGGCGAAUGCUCAGUUAAAGGAAGCUAAAAAGGCGAGCAAGAUUCAUCCAAUAUUCAGUCUAUUCGAAACGAAGAAGAAAAAGAAGGCAACUGCUAGGCCUGAAUUUUCGAGGUACAUUCAGUAUGUUAGAGAGGGAGGUUUUGGUGAUGUUUUGCAGACCACUUCCUCCAAAUCCAACAAUAUGGCUGCAGUAAAGUGAGAUUGAACUUGCGAGGUUUCUUAAUUUUGGUUCUUUGGAAUAUUCGAAGAUCAUAGAUUACACAAUUUUUUAUCAUAUUAUGCGGUUCUCCGUAGAGGUUUGGAGGGGAUCAUGCUGAGCAUGCUGUUCUUCUCGAAGUGUACAUGUAUACAUAAUAGAUUUAGGAAUAUAUGUUGGUUUGUUUUUCUCUAUUUCUUCGUUCUCACUUCUAUUUAUCAGAGA